AUAUAGUUAUGUGGCAUUGGACACCAUCACGUGACACGACACAAUGCUUUACCAUUUUGCAGCGCGGCACAUUCCAUCUCUUCAAGUUCCCACGGGCGCGCAUCAUCGGACACCAGCCGGGCCGACAACGCAGACAGCACGGUCGCGCGACAUCGGACACCAGCCGGACGCAGACAGCUCCCACAAACAUACACCGCCAACCGAGCCGAAUAAUAAAUGUACACCGCAUAAUUGGCGCAGCCGGGUAGGCACUAAAGAAAAGUGACGUCAUAGUGAGAAACAGUGGAAAGUACUGAACUAAUAACACAGUACAACAGUGAUCCCGCAAAGUGCAUCGUGAUCUACGAGCAUCGAGCAUCCACAAGCACCAAGGACGGCAACGUCGCUGAGGAGUUGAGGAUCCCCCCGCUAAGACGCACACGGAGCACCGUCAUUGUUUUCUUGGCCUUCGCCCAAACACGACUUCAACAUAAACCGUAUUGUUCAUUUUCAGACUGUACAGUGUAUGGCAACGUAAACGAAAGCCCCGACGACACAGGCCAUGCAUCAGCGUCAAGAUCCUUACCGACCCAGCCAAUGGAUUUCGUAGACACCGGGUCGGCAGGAUUAGGCCGAGAGCGUAUCAGUGAUGCGGGACGCAAAGACCUCGAUCUGUUCAGUCAACUAAAACAUAUGCAACCAAUUCCCCGCAGUGGGGGCCACCGAUCAGUACCAUCGACCGCUUCCGAGUCCGAAAUGGCUGGCGUAAGAAGAUCACUAGCAACGGUCCUUCAACUGUUGCUUCCGUACGGUAGGCUGCAACAUCGACCACAUCUGUCAGCGGAUGAUGCGAUCGGUUCCUACGAAGAGGAAGCACUGUUCGGUGAACCUUUGGUUCCCGAUGGGCCAGACACGGCGAACUAUAUGCUUCACGGCAAACUGGUUGAGAUAGGCCCAAGACAGCGCACUGCUUUUGGUAGUUCUACCGACGGGGAGAAUCGUAAUGCCGGAACUUUGGAUGAAUCCUUCGGAAUCGUAGGUCAAAAGCGGGCCGCUGCUCUUCGCUCUACCAUGGCACGUCGUUCCCAUAUUAUGCCCACGCAGGGUGGAGGAGGCGGUACGGCGGCGGAGGAGGGCAGCUUUAUGCCUUCCAUCAGUGUUGGUGAGUUUUACGGCGCGCUGACAAACCUGGGCGAUUUCUUCCAGAACCUUAAGCACAAUCUGGAAUCGCUCGAGUCGAAGAACUUGAACAACGAUCAGGUGAAGCUGCUGGAGGGUCAAAACAUGAUCAGCAAUCUACGCAAAGGGUUCUUCUAUUCCAGAGUUUGUCGAGGACUAUCCCAAGCCGGCGGGCAGUGCCGCUUUCCUGCACGCCAUCCGGAACUAUCGGCCCUCGCACCGGAUUCGAGCGCUGGUUUCCACCGUGCCGGAGCUGUACCGUGGGACCAACUUUCACGAUCCCGUGUACAUGCUUGCCGGACUCGGAAAAUGAGCUACCCGCCAACCAUCCGACCGCCCCACUCGGUCCUGCUGGCGUCUUGCUAGGUAAAUCGGAGGCAACAGCGCCUAAACGCUCGCCGCACCAUCCUGGAUUGAUGGACGCUUGUUUGUCGCCUCCCGCCUUCCCUGGACCGGCACGGAUACGGCGGUGGUGUGCUGGACAUUCGAAACAUCAACAUAAAGGCCAUUCUUCUUCCCCAUUGUGCACGCUACCUUCGUAUGGAUCACAAUCUCGGUUCCAUUUGUUGCCCUGCUCGUGUACUGAUUGUAAAUAAGCGCCAAUUUGUUGCUAGCUGUAGAAACUAUUUCCACCGUAACCACUUCCUCUAACAGCAAAAAAAAAAUAAACGGAAGAUCUAAUACACCCUGAAAUACUAUAAACAGUACUACAGGUAAACAUAUUAAACUAUGAAUGCAAAUACCAACCAUACAUAUUAUAAUAAACAUAAGAACAGUGUACCGAUCAUUGGGAAUAGAUCGAACAACAAAGCACCAAAAUUGCUUGGUACAAAAUUAAGAAAACCAUUUUACGAUUGUCAACGUAGUUGGCAUAAAAAAAAGAAACGAAAGAAAUUGAAAAAUGCGAAAAACUCCCCCGGCAGCCAUUCGGUGGGAGGCAAACCUGAAACUAUGAAACGUAGCUCGAUCAAAAUAUACGAAGAACAAACAACACAACACAAAACAUAACGUAUGUUACGCACUGAAAAUGAGUUUUCAUUAUUACAUGUCAAUAAAUUCUACCAACCGUUGUUUCGCUUUUGAUGUGUGGAAUAAAUUAA